CCCAAACAAACUUUAAUACUCCGAAAUGAACAAGAUGAUUAUUUUACAAAUUCUGACAAAAAAAAUUAUUAAUAUUUUCAUUUAUAUGGGUUAGUUUCCUCAAAAUGAAUGGUUGAAUUAGGCAUAAGUUAACCAUGAGGGUGGAAACGGGGCUAAUUACAGUAAUUAAACUCCAGUGAAUUUUGGGAACAUAUGGAACCCGAACCGGCCGCUGCUUUCGCCGGCGACACCACCUAUUCAUGGCCGGUGAAAGGCGUUGCUGUCUACGGAGCCGCGAUAACAGCCGCGAUGGCCGUCGGUUACGCCGCGCUCUAUGUUCGGUCACCUGCUAAAUUCAGAAGCAAAGUGGUGGGGAUAAUACCUGCUCGCUACGCAUCAUCCAGAUUCCAAGGCAAGCCUCUCGUUCCAAUCCUCGGAAAACCCAUGAUUCAGAGGACUUGGGAAAGAGCGAAACUUGCUACCACAUUGAGCCGAUUAGUGGUGGCUACAGACGAUGAGAGGAUUGCAGAUUGCUGUCAUGGAUUUGGAGCAGAUGUCAUAAUGACAUCUCAAUCUUGUCAAAAUGGAACCGAACGUUGCAAUGAGGCACUCCUAAAGCUUAAAAAGAAAUAUGAUGUUGUUGUAAAUAUUCAAGGAGAUGAGCCACUUAGUGAUCCCGAUAUAAUUGAUGGAGUUGUCAAAGUUUUACAAGCAACCCCUGAUGCUGUAUUUAGUACUGCAGUUACAUCUUUGAAAGCAGAAGAUGCAUGUGAUCCAAAUCGAGUGAAAUGUGUGGUGGAUAAUCGUGGCUAUGCAAUAUAUUUUUCAAGGGGACUUAUUCCAUUUAACAAGUCAGGGAAGGUCAAUCCACAGUUCCCUUAUCUACUUCAUCUUGGAAUCCAGAGUUAUGAUGCAAAGUUCUUAAAGAUAUAUCCUGAGCUUCCUCCUACUCCAUUGCAAGUAGAAGAAGAUCUUGAACAACUCAAAGUCCUUGAAAAUGGUUACAAGAUUAAGGUGAUCAAGGUUGAUCAUGAUGCUCAUGGCGUUGACACUCUUGAAGACGUUAUAAAAAUCGAAUCUUUGAUGCGCGAAAGAAACUUGUAG